GAUCAUAUCAGUGUCGUGUUGGGUGGGCUACUGACAUUUCACCAAGAUAUCGUAAAUUGAAUCAAAGCAUUUUGUUGGUCGGCAAUGAUGUUUAUACGGACGCUACGGCAAAAACGAAUGCAAAAUCAGCAUUUGAUGGAAAUGUGGUUUACAAUUUUGAAACUAUGGAAUCUGUUUUAGAUUACAUUUUUAUCAAACUUGGAAUCGAUACCGAUAGAGUAAAUCACCCAAUAUUGAUGACUGAACCUGUCUGCAAUCCAAGUCAUUCGCGAAAACUGAUGUCAGAGCUGUUAUUUGAAUGUUAUCGUGUGCCAUCGGUAUGUUAUGGUAUUGACGCGCUUAUGAGCUUUCAUUGUAAUGGAUUAUCUUCUGAUGAAGGUGGAAUUGUGAUAUCAUCCGGUCAUACUACGACCCAUGUUAUACCAGUAUUUGGUCGUAGCGUGUUAGGACAGACUAAAAGGAUAUCAUAUGGUGGAUUGACAUCAACGGAUUACAUGUUAAAAUUAAUGCAAUUAAAAUAUCCAACAUUUCCAACAAAAAUGACUGUCAACCAGGCACAAGUUAAUUAUUUUGCUGAAUUAAAAGAGUAUACGGAUCCGAAUAAAUUUGCGGAAAAAGAUCGAAUCAUUCAAUUUCCUUACGUACCACCGGCUAAUGAAAAGAGUGAAGAAGAAUUAGCCAGGGCAGAAGAAAGAAGGCAGGAGCAAGCACGUCGUUUAAAAGAACAAGCUGCGAAAUUAAGACAUCAGAAAGUGUGUAUUCAUCAAGAACUUUGUGUUUAUUUAAAAGUCAAACUUCAAAAAUAUAACGAAAGUAAUUUUAAUUUUUUUAAUAAGCUAAAAGAUCUAGAAAACACUUUAGAAUUCUACAUGGAAAUCAAAACAAGUAAAUCCUCAAUGAAAAAAGCAGAAUUUAUUGCUAAGCUUAAAGAAAAUAGAAUUAGUGAUGAAGCAGAAUUGGAUGAGAUCAUUCAAAAAACUGAAAAGUCGGUACAGAGAGCCAGGAAUAAAUUAUUAGGAAUUGAAGAAGUUGAAAUAAAGCCUACAUUUCCACUUGUGGAUAUACCGGAUGAUCAGCUAAAUGAAGCUGAGAGAAAAGAGAAAAAGAAGCAAGUUGCUUCAAAAAGUCUUCAUGAAACACGUCAAAGACAACGAGAAGCAAAAGAGUUAGCUAGGCGACAGCAAGAAGAGGAAAAAAGAUUGGAAGAACAAAGACGAGAAACAGAUUUUGAAGGCUGGCUGAGCGAACUUAAGCAUAAUUAUCAGAGUCAACUUGACAAAGUAAAAAGCAUCAAACGAAAAAAGGAGCAGCUCUCGGAUCGGAGAAGUCACGCUUCACAAUUACGGAUGAAAUCAAUCGCUAAUUUGGCUAGUGACACUCCACAACAAAAGAGACGUAGAAGAGGCCAAGAUGAGGAUACAUUUGGAAUGGAUGAUAAUGAUUGGUCUAUUUAUAAAGAAAUAAGUAGAGAAGAGGACGCAUGGGAGGAAGAAGAAGAGCUUACCUUAUUGAGAGAACAUGAAACAAAACUUCUUCAAUAUGAUUCUACAUUCCUGCAAGAGCAUACAUUUGACGCAAAGAACUCCGUUAAGAAUUCUCUGAUUUUCAUGUUUACUCGGGGAGUCACGCCUCCAUUUGAUCCGGAGAAUUUUGCACAGAUGCAUCAAUUACAUGUCAAUGUUGAAAGAAUAAGAGUUCCAGAGGCUUUAUUUCAACCUAGUAUACUUGGAUUGGAUCAAGCUGGAAUAGUGGAAACUAUUGGAGAAAUAAUAAGCCGGUUUGAGGACGUAGACGCAAGAAAAAAGAUGAUUCGGUCUGUAUUUGUUACUGGAGGGCAUACACAAACUCCAGGCCUUUUAAAACGAUUAGAAGUUUCUCUUCGAUCAAUUUUACCAGCUGCAUCACCGCUCCAACUAAUUCAUGCGAAAGAUCCAGUACUUGAUGCGUGGCAUGGUGCAGCUCUUUGGGCACGAUCUUCCGAAUUUCAAAAUUAUAGUGUUACAAUAGAUGAAUAUAAUGAAUGUGGAGGUGAAUAUAUAAAAGAACAUCGAUUUGGCAAUGUGUAUUACAAAACAUGA